AUGACAUCGAGAUUUCCUCUCGGAAAAGUCACUACUGCGCAUCUACAGAAACUCACUGAAGUUUUGUGGUCAUGGUAUAUAUGUACAGACUGUCUAGCCGGGAAGCCUUGCAAUAGCGCCGAUUGCUUGUGGUCCAGAUCAAUAGUCCUAGGCCCAUAUUUCGAAUUCUUCAAGAUCUCCACAUGCAAUUAUACGUCCAACAUAGCCUCCAACCAGACUCCAGCUCUAGUAUCGUAUGAAGAACUAUUUAAGAUCAUGAGGGAAUUGAAAUCCAAUCCUGAACUCCCCAAAGCAGACUUAUUGGAGAAACUUUUUACUGAUCGUCCUACGCGGGUUGAUCAGGAGCGAGCUCUUAACCUAGCCGUUCGGGUGGUCAUGAUGAUCAGUUGCUCUGCAUCUCGUCAAUCCUCCGUUCUGUUGGAAUAUGGAAACCAACAAGCCCGCUGGGAUAAGAAUGAUACGUUUUCCCAGUUCCUUAACGAUGCAUUUCCAAAAGUCGUCCACCCCAGUAUAGAUGAGAUCAAGAAAAAUCUACAGGCUACAAAACUGAAGAAGCAUGCCCGGCUUAAUUUCCGACCGACUGAUGAUCUAAGAAACCAUUUAAGACUCGAUCGGAACGCUGGAACUGUCGAAAUCUUUCAUCACACUGCUUUCCUGAAGGAGCAAUUAAGACUUACAAAAGAACAGCCCCAAAACUUAUCCAUUUCUGAUCUGAUAAAAAUCGGUGCACUGCCUCGUCCACUCGUGAUCGACGUGUUAGACUCCAUACAGGAAGUGCUCUUUCCUCUUGCAGAAACCAAGUCUCGGGAGCUUUUAAUAUCUCUCACCUCAACAUAUAACUUUGACGGUGAUAUAUUACGAUAUGAUGGAGUUUCGGUUCGCAAACCCAACGAGAUCGCUCAAUAUCAAUAUUUUGGCAAGCGACUGGCAGAUCUGUACAACGAGCUCUUGAACCCAACUCCCAGAGGAUUCGAGAGAUGGUUCGAAAGGAAGAGCAGCGCUAGGUUCAUGAUGAUGGUGACUCUAUCUGGCGUUGUACUUGCAAUUUUUCUAGGGUUGUUGAGCCUGGCUUUGGGUGGCUUCCAGGCUUAUGUUGGAUAUAUGGCAUGGAAGAAUCCUGUUCAAAUUUCAUCUGGCUCACAAAAAAACUAA